AUGAAGGUUCAGGAUGGGAGACUCCUUAGAAUGGGGAUGCAGUUAGAAGUGCAUUAUACUGGCACACUCUUGGAUGGAACCCAAUUCGAUACAAGCCGUGACAGAGGAACGCCAUUUAAGUUCAAGCAUGCCCAAAGGCAAGGUUCCUCUUCUCCAAAUAUCCUAUUUUUAUGGGGUUUCUUACACUUCAUCGACUUUCGCAGUCGCGAUAUUGAAUAUCCUACUGGCUAUUACUUUUGUAUUGGCCAUUACCACAAGGUAUCUAACCAUGCUUUUGGGGUACUCUCCGCAUUUGGGUUGAAAACCUUGAAGAAGCAAUGGCAUUUUAGGGAUCUAACCAUGCUUUUGGGGGUAUUUGGGGCAGGCUUAUCAUUCUUUUUACUAAGUUGGUCCCUCAAAGAAAAAGGCCCUGUUUAUACAGCUGCAUUCGCUCCUUUUAGCACAGUAUUAGUGGCUAUUCUUGAACCCAUAACUCUUCAUGUGGAUCUUCACUUUGGAAGCAUGGUCGGGAUGGUUGUGGUAUUUUAUGGGCCAUACAUUGUGCUUUGGGGUAGAGCCAAGGAUGAUCAUGGAUAG